AAGGUAUAUAAUUUUGAUGCAAACAUUAUGUCUAUCAUACACUUUGUCUCUUCAGAACAUUCACCAUGACCAUGGCAAUAGAUGGAAAAUUAAGAAGCAAAAGAAUACUUUGGCCCCAAUGGAUAGCCGGGUUUGGAGUUUUGUUAUUAGGAACCGAGGUGGGAUUGAUGGGAGGUUGGUCCUCUCCGUACAUCAGCGAAUUAAUAUCCCCGAAUUCUUCGUUCACAAUCACGAUGUCAGAACUAUCUUGGGUCGUAUCGCUGUUCAAUCUCGGCAGAUUGACGGGCUGCAUCAAAGGUGCUCUGUGCAGCGGCUAUUUUGGCAGUGAAAAGACGAUUCUGAUCUCCAGUAUGCCUAUCACGUUGAGCUGGCUCUUCAUCAUCCUGGCUAACAGAGUGGAAUGGAUAUACAUCGCGAGAUUCCUUGGUGGCCUCAGCCUGGGAAUGGUUUACUCCUGCUAUUCCUUAUAUCUGGGCGAAAUAGCGAAUCCUGGUAUAAGAGGAGCGUUGGUCGCAAUGGGUACCACUGGAUUACCAAUCGGCAACCUCCUAAUGAGCGUCAUGGGAGCGUACUUGCCGAUGUACACAUCGGCUUUGAUAGCUCUAAUUUCCUGCAUCGUGAUGAUAAUCAUUUUCGUCUGGUUGCCGGAAUCGCCUUACCACUUGAUAAAGAAAAAUUUAGACGAGAAAGCGAAACACUCGAUCCAAUGGUAUCACAGGGACUGCGACGUGGAGCACGAGUUCAAGGAGAUGCGAAUAUUCGUCGAGAAUCUCAAUAGACAAUCGUUGUCGGACACUUUGAAGGAACUCAAGAUUCUUCAUUAUCGAAAGUCAAUAUUCAUAGUCUCGAUUCUUAUCGUGUACAGUCAAUUGUCCGGGAUAAACAGUAUUCUAUUUUACAUGGAGUCGAUUUUAACCACGGCCAAAGUCAGUGUUAUAGAACCCGCGCAAGUGGUGAUAAUAGUGAUGGCAGGUGGUGUUGUUGCAUCGUGUUUAUCGAUAUUCCUGCUGGACAUAUUCGGAAGGAAAUUUCUCAUGAUCGCGUCCUGCAGCGCGAUCCUCCUGUCUUACAGUAUUCUGACACUUGAAUUUCAUUUGUUGGAUUUCGGUUUCGAUUCGGGAAAAGUGGAAGGAUUGGCGAUCAUUGGAAUGAUAUUAUUUUACGUAUCGGUGUUUAUGGGCAUCAUUCUCGUCCCAUCCACGAUGAUGGGUGAAAUUUUCCCUCCUCAUCUCAAGUGCAUCGCUGCAUGCAUCGUCAGUAUCUCGGGCUCUACGAUCGCUUUCCUCUCGACGCUUACUUAUUUAACACUUCUUCAUUUUAUGACCGAGAAAUACUUGUUCUUGUUCUACGGUUUGCUCGUGGCCUCGUGCAUACCGUUCACCGUAUUCCUUGUGCCAGAGACGAAGGGACUGUCCUUGCAAGAGAUUCAGAAUAAGUUGACAGGUAAGGAUAACAACAAAGCGUUACGUGCAUCCACGUGCGUCGAUAAGGAUAAAUUUUCUCAGGAACAAAAUUUCGGACCGUACGUGAUCUCACGUGAUGAUUAACGCGUAAUGAUUAUAUCGCAUCGCAUAUUUAUCGUGCAAUUAACUUAGAGGGGAACUUGUAUUUACCGCUGGUUUGUAAAUACCACUCAAAAAAGUGUAACGUUUUUUUCUUAAAGCAAAUGAUAAUAUAGACUGUGAUAUUAAUAU